AUUUUAGAUAUAAUAAUAAAAUACAAUGUCCAGACGAAGCCAAGAUAUUCCAAUACGUCCACGGUACGGCUAUACAACUGAAACAGAGGAAGCAGCAGGCGAUAUUCAUCAUAAUAUGUCGCAUCAGCGAGGGAACAACAGAGUAACACCCGCUUCUUAUUCAGAGAUUCCAUUCCUGGCGCAGUACCCGCACAAUGUUGUGCAAGAUAUUACACCCACAGCUGUAAAACUUCCGCCAACAGAUAGUGGAAGCGAGAGCUAUGUCAACUUAGACUCUGGAGAGGAAGAUGAUGAUGAAGAUCCCAGCAAUAGCAGCUCUAAGGACAGCUCGAACGAGCUGAAUAGAGGAAAACCAAAAUCAUUUCAAUCAAAAUUACCAUAUGAACUGGAUAGCAAUACGAACGACGCUACUAGAAGUACGGGUGGCAUGCAUCAUUUUGUAGCAUACAACCUAGAAGCAAAACUGCGUGCUACGACCGAGAGUGUUGCUUCCGAACAGGCAACGCGAUCGUCAUUGAACGCACCGAUCUCAAGAUUUCUACAAUCGAAAAAUAUACCCCAAGUGGAUGGCAGUGUUCUAAGCGACAUUGAGCUCGAGGCACAAUAUUUGGCCACAUCUGUAGAUAAUUUAGUUGAGAAUCUUGGAAACUUGUUGCACUCUAUAUCUUCUAUAACUGCUGAUAAUGUUGACGUUCACAAAAAUGCAGUGAAAAAGCUUACAGACGCCUUAGACGCAAAUAUUAAAUGCCAAUACCAAUUGCUGGCUAAAACUGAGGAGAUUACAAAAUCUAUGCGACCUACCGAGCAGCUAGCUCAGCGCAUACGAGAAAUAAAGCGUCUAGUGGAUAUGUUAGACAGCACAAUGUAGGACGUCGCUGACAGUAAAAAUGUCGUGAGCUAACAGCAGCUGAGUAUUGAAUAUUAUUGUAUGCUUAGUGAUAUUAUUUAAUCAUACAUUACCUAGUCAUAUUUUAAGGCUACUAUUAAAGUUUUAACCAUUCUAAAAUGUAUCUUGCAGAAAGAAAUUUUUUAGUUCACAAGGGACUCGCCUGGGGGCAUUUUAAUCUACACAUCAGUUGGAGUCCUAUUUGCCAUAAGUCACUAAAGUUCAAAUAAUAUCACCUGAGUAUGAAGAUCGGGGAAAUGAAAAU